GCGCCCCAGCCCCGAGGUUGGGAGGAGGAAGUGGGGACGCCCGGCGGGCGUGGGGCAACGCCAACGGCCUCCCAGGCCGGGUAUAAGAGGGGCGGGCGGGCAGGGGACACGGAGCCCCAGCGACCAUGACCCGCGGCCGCCGACCUUGCAGCCCCACCCUCGCCCCCGUCCUGCUGGCCGUGCUGCUGGGCGGUUUGGCCCGGGCGGCGGAGAUCGUGGGCGGGCGGGAAGCGGAGCCCCACUCGCGGCCCUACAUGGCGUCCCUGCAGCUGCGGUGGCUCCCCGGCCGCCACUUCUGCGGGGGGACCCUGAUCCACCCGAGCUUCGUGCUAACAGCCGCCCACUGCCUGCAGAACAUGAACCCCGUCCUGGUGAGCGUGGUGCUCGGGGCCCACAACCUGCAGACCGAGGAGUCCACGCAGCAGAAGUUCAGCAUCGCCCGCCUGUUCGAGAACAACUACGACCCGGAGGAGAAGCUGAAUGACGUGCUGCUCCUGCAGCUGGACCGCCCGGCCACCCUCAAUGCCCAGGUGGCGGUAGCCCCGCUGCCCGAGCAGAACCAGGAGCUGCCCCAGGGCACCCAGUGCCUGGCCAUGGGCUGGGGCCGCCUGGGCACGCAGGAGCCACUGCCCAGGGUCCUGCAGGAGCUCAAUGUCACCGUGGUCACCUUCCUGUGCCGGCCACAGAACGUGUGCACCUUCGUGCCCCGGCGGAGCGCCGGCAUCUGCUUUGGGGACUCGGGCGGCCCGCUGAUCUGCGACGGCGUCCUCCAGGCCGUGGACUCCUUCGUGAUCCAGGCCUGCGCCACCAGCCGGUACCCCGACUUCUUCGCCCGAGUCUCGCUCUACGUGGACUGGAUCCGCUCCGUGCUCAGCAGCGUAGGGGGUGAAGGGGCCCCCGAGCCGGCAUGGGGAGCGGCCGAGGGUCCCCGGCUCCGAGUCCCCGAGCCCCAGGCUCAGGAUGGGGGUGGAGCGGAGGCCCGGAGAGCCCUGAUCACGAGUCAGAACUCUCCAGGGGUCCGGGUCCCCCAGGCAAUCCCCGACCCCCGCUCUCCUGGGGGGUUAAUGGUUGACACGCCCCAGCGCGGCGCCGGAUCAUCUAAGGACUUAACUCACCUCCGUUCACCGAAUCCCCGAGACAAUCCUGAGACGGAGCCGAUUGUCACAAGGGCCCAGCAGCCCCCGCCACCCCUGUGGAACGCCAUCGUUGUGGUUAUGAGGGUGCCCCGGGGAAACCGAGGCGGGGGGCCCAGCCGACGUCCCUGGGGCACUGACCCUGCAGAUAAGCGUACCCCGCCUGGUAUUUGGGACGGACUUGCACUAAAACCGGCGAAUCCCACGUUCAGACGGAAUGGCGCGUCCGAGAUUGAUCCGGACCCCCGGCCCCGGCUCACCUCCUCCCAUGCUUCCUGCUGUCACCCCCUCGUCUCCACGUCCCCGGGGGGGACAGGAAGUGGGGCAACGGCAACGGCCUCGGCGUGGGGGCCAUAA